UAGCACUUUGAAUCAAGCCCCACUCAACCAAACAACCCUCUCUCUCUCCCUCUUUCUCUCUCUCUCUCUCUCUGGAGUGAGGCUUCUCUGUUCUUGUGGCAAUGGCCAAGUUUGCUUCCCUUCUCCUUCUGGCACUCCUUGCCAUUUCCAUGGUUGCAACCACUGUUCUGGCAGCAGAUGCCCAGUAUCACCUCUCCAGGCAACUUUCAGGUCAAGGAAGCCUAAAGAGCUACCAAUGCCCAUCACAAUGCCAGAGGAGGUGUAGCCAAACACAAUACAAGAAACCAUGCUUGUUCUUCUGCAACAAAUGUUGCUCAAAGUGCUUGUGUGUUCCCCCUGGCUAUUAUGGGAACAAGGGUAUGUGCCCUUGCUACAACAACUGGAAGACCAAGAGAGGAAGCCCCAAGUGCCCUUAAAUUAUAAUUAAUAUCUUUUAUUACCUUAAAACCCCUUCUUAUCCAUUAUUAUGAGGUGGUGGGGUCAUAAGUUUUCUGACCAUUGUGUUUUUUAAUAUGGAACUAGUAUUGAUGUAUUGCUCCUUUGGGGUAAGUAGUUUUGUGAACCCCAAAAUGAGAGCUGAAUCUUUGGUUCAUUGUUAUGUUUAUUGCUUCUAUAAAAUAAAAUUUUGCAUAACCUUUUCAAUGCA